AUGAGUCAAAAUAAGAGAGAGACGUCCGCAAUUUACAUUCAAGGUGCAAUGUUUGUCUGCUCCAGGCGGGGACCUAGGCUUUCGAUAAUAUUCUCAUUAUCCAUACUCCUGUUUGCUGCGUGCAUGUAUGUAUGGAUUAUACGUUACGUCACCAUAGCGUCAGCAAGUAGGCAACCUGAGGUAGUUCCAAGUAGUGUGCUCACAGACACCAAUCGUCAUAGUAACAAUGUAGCCAAUGAAGUCAACGUUGUCAUAGCUGCCGACUUUCAAUAUAUUCAAGGCCUUCCACCUUUAAUCCAUUCAAUAUUAGCAAAUACAAGAAAUCUCGACAAUAUCCGAAUACACAUCGUAGUGUGUGAUUAUCCAGUUGAUAAUCUGUUGCAAUAUCUGGAAUGUAACGACAUCCGGAUUAACAAAACCUUGCAAGUAACGCAGUUUACUGACUCUAUUAUUUCAACGAAUAUACGAGCGGCCUGGACUAAGAUAUUCAUGGCACGGCGUCUGAGUAGUGUGUGUAACUAUGCAAGGGCUUAUCUGCACAGGUUACUACCAGGUGUGUCAAAGGUCAUUUUCAUCGAUGCUGACACAUUAGUGUUAUCUCCAAUCGAAGACCUUUGGGCGGAAUCCAAAAUACACAAGACACCGUUCCAAGCCGUCGCCAGGCUAUCUAGUUACGAAAAAGACUUCAUAUUAAGAGACGUUUCCCCGAUCUACCACAAAAGAUUCGGCACGUAUAUAAAUGGAUCACUGAAUACAUUCAGCGCAGGGUUGUUUGUGAUGGAUUUAAAUUAUUAUCGAGAACACAACUUGGUCGAUGAAGUAGAAUUCUGGCUGAUUAAGCAAACUGAAAGUCGACAUCCGCUAUGGCAAUUAGAUUGUCAAUCCAUUUUUCAACUUGUAUAUUACAAUAAAUGGGAUCGGCUGAGUGAUAUAUGGAGUCGAUUUCCUUCGUCUGUGAUGUUAGACAACUUCAGUGGUAUACGUGGGAGCAUUCACUGGAGCGGAAAACCUAAACCAUGGAUGGAAUUUGGGACAUUUUCCAAAGCGUGGAAAAAGUACCGACCAUCUGAGUGUUCCGGGCAUGGCGUUUGUCAGAAUGCUGAGAACCGGACUGACUGGUACUGUGCAUGUAACGAUUUCUACCACGGGACUCUGUGUCAACAUAAAUAG